AUGAACGAUGCACCUGCCACGAUAACUUCAUCUUCCACGACUGCCUUUCUCGGGGCGACUAUACCUUCCCUUUUCCUGUCAGUCCCGAACAUGGAGUGCCGGCAAACCCACGAUUUUGUGUCGAACCCUUUCCUCGAGUUCUCAGCAGAACGCCACCCCACACUCGCCAAUAGAGUCCGUCCGGUCAUCUCAGGCAAUGGCGUGGUCGAUGGGUACAUAAAGAUGGAAAUGUUCCAUAUCGGCGGAGACAACGCAAGUCCGGCCGAACCGAAGCUCGGGACGUUCAGAUUUCGGCGUCAAGGCACGGUAGUUAGCCCCGACGAUGGAGGCCCCUUUGGGGCUGGGAUUCCAUUGUUACCGCCCAACUUCUCUACGGGGAUGAAAUUGGACAGGACGGACGAAAAGCUCUGGUUCUUCCAUCUCGUGGCGUAUUGCCCCGGCCGCAUGCUUCUCUCUGACAACUAUUGGUGUAAGGAAGUGGUCGCCAUCGCGGUCAAGGACGAUUGCGCCCGUCACGCCUUAUUGGCCUUUGCCACUGCCUAUGUCCUGGACUAUGAACCUACUGAAGAAAUGCGGAAGCGAGCUAACCACCACUACCGCACUGCGGUUCAGCUACUUGACCAAGCUCUAAAUCGCGAGAACACUUACACCGUCGGACAAGACGAUGGUAUCGUGGUUGCCAUGAUCUUGAUGUUGUCAAGCGAUAUCGUCAAUUGGGAGUCUCGGAGACCCAAAGGCAAGGAGCCCCUGUGGCUAGAAGGGUCGCGAGCUGCGAGACUGAUUCUCGACCGCGCGGACCCCGGACAUCGGUAUUGGAAACCCCAAAACGUCCAAAGCAGUGCCGCACGGAUUGGGAAUGCAAACUGGAUCGCCUCUAUCGAAAUUUGCGCGCAGCCCGUCACGGCACUCUCCGAAGAAAACACAAAGACCCUCUUCCUCUGGCUACUCUGGGGUUCGAAAGUAGAUGCACACAAAAUUCAAGGUGUGACUGGCGUGUGUCCGAAGCUGUUGCAUAUAUUUUCGCAGAUCACUCAUUUGGCAGCGUUCCUGAAGAAGGAUCCCAAAUCUAUAGUAGUGCCCGAAGCCGCUUCGAGAAUUCAAGACAGGCUUGCAAACUUUUGGCAAUGGUCUGACGCUUCACCCGGGCACCCAUCUACAGCCGCGCUGAUGGAGUCGUGCGUCUUGGAUAAGGACGGAAAGGUUAGCGACUCUGUUAGGGUGACUGAGUUAUCAGCUCACUCCUGGAUACCUGCUGCGGAGAUUUAUCUUCAUAUGAGGGUCUUCAGAAAACCGCGCUCACACCCCCACGUGCUUCGAAGUCUCAAGGUGUUAGUUCAGUGUGUUAAACGGCUGCCAUGUACUGGCAAACUCUUCACUUCGCAGUCUCCUUUUUUCCCCGUUUUCUUAAUGGCGGUUGCGUCGUAUCGAGAGGAGGACCGGGAAGUCGCUCGUCAGUGGUUCGAAGUAGUGCUUGGUGAAGCGCAAUGCCGUUCGAGCGUUCCUCCUGUCUGGACCGCUAUCCAGAAGCUUUGGCAUUGGCUAGACAAGGAGGUGAAGGAGCAGCCUUACGACGAAGAGCAGCUAGUCGGCGAUCGACAAGCGUGGUGGGAAGAUAUGGUUGAUGAGCUUGUCAAGGAGAGCGGAGUAUUGAGUCUUGUGUAG